GAAGUGGCCGAGGGUGAAGCGGUGGCGAUGGCCGAGCGCGAAGCGCAAUGGGAGGAGCAACGUCAGCAGAAGAAAUCGAGGACUUGCGCGACAAAGCAGCCGGUAGAGCCGAGGGCCUUGGCGAGGGCGUUCGAUGCACUGAAGAACCAAGUCGACGCAUUAAAGGAAGAAAACCGGCAGCUGCGCCAGGAGAAUCGGGACCGCGAUCGCGAGAUUGCCGACCAGCGGGAUAGAUUUGAAAACCUGGUCGCGCGCACUGAGGCCCUACAACGAGAGCGGGAUACUUUGCUAUAUAAU